AUGGAUGCCCGUACCUAUGUGGAAGGCCUAAAAAAGGCGCUGAAGAAUGAAUUUGGGAAUAUAGUAAGUGCCCAGCAACAUGAGGAUGAUCUUGAGCAACUGGUUGGACUUAAGAAGCAAUUGGAGAAGAAGUUAGCUGAUGCUUACGAAGAGGUCGAGGAACAACGUCAGAAAGCGCAACGUAAAAGAUUAGCUAGAGAAAAAGAAAUCGCGAUCGCGAUCGCGGAGAAGUUUACCAUAGAACAGAACCUUAGUAACGCAAGAUUGGAAAUCGAAUUGAAGGAAGAAAGAUUGCGGACAUUGGACCAAGAGCUUGAGGAAUUAACAUUUGGUGGCAAAACGGAGGAGGACGCAGCACAACUGAAGAAAGCGAAGCAUGAGCUGGAGAAAAGAGUAAAGGAUCAGGAAGAAGAGUUGGACGACUUAGUUGGCCAGGUGCAGUUGCUCGAAUAA